AUGGCUCAAUAUGGUUGCAUCCCCAGCAAAAUAUUACAAUGGCGGGGUUGAACGAACGUCAACAACCAAGAUAAAGCCUUCAUAGUCAAUCAUUCUUCAAAUCACCUCUCAUCAAAUCCUAUUGUGAAGAGCACAUCAAUUGACAACAUCAAAAUGGCCAUUCAGAAAGUCGCAGUCGUUGGAGGCUCUGGUCUCAUCGGAUCAAAAAUCGUGGACAGUCUCCUCAAAGCUGGUUUCCAAGUAACAGCUAUUACCAGAAAAGAGUCUUCCGCAACAUUUCCCGACAAAGUGAUUGUGAAGCGAGUCGACAUCACCUCCGUCGACUCCGUCAAGGAAGCUCUGGUCGGCCAGGAUGCAGUGGUGUCAGCCGCCGCAACUGCUGCUGCUGGAAGCCAGAAGAUCAUUAUCGAUGCUGCAAUUGCAGCGAAGGUUCCACGUUUCAUUCCCUCAGAGUUCGGAAUUCCGUCUCGUCAGAAUCGCGACACCAAGAUUGGAAAGAUUCUCGGUGCGAAGAUCCAAAACACUGACUACUUGAUUGAACUUGCUGAGAAGUAUGAUUGGUUCUCUUGGACUGGUAUUUCCAACGGACUGUUCCUUGACUCGGGUCUCAAAAGUGCAAGGGGAUUCAUCAACAUCAAGGAUCGCAAGAUUCGCAUCACCGACUCAGGCAAUGAACCCUAUUCCACAACUUCACUCGCCUUCGUCGGCGAAGCUGUGGUGGCUAUUCUGAAGAAGCCAGAAGAGACAAAGAACAAGUAUCUCAAUAUCGCCGGUGUUACGACAACUCAGAAUGAGGUCCUGAAGAUUGUCGAGAGGCUGACUGGUGACAAGUUUGAGGUUUCUCAUGUCACUGGCGCUGAGUUGGAAAAGACAGGGGACGAGAAGAUUGCCAAAGGAGACUUUAGUGCCUUUGGUAAUUAUCUCGAGCAGUUCCUAUUUGCCGAUGGUGCUGGCCACGCGUUGAAAGGUGAUGAGAAUGCGAUUCGGUUACUUGGGCUGGAUGAGGAGAAUCUCGAGGAGGUUAUCAAGAGUGUCGUAGCUGAGAUCAACUAAGUGCCAGCUUAGAACAGGA